AAGAGGAUGAAGAGGGAGAGCGAGAGAGAGAGAGAGAGAGAGAGAGAGAGGGACCAAAUCUGUACCAAGAACACACCUGAUCAUCGUCUUCUUUGCAGCGUUUGUUUCAGGUCCUUUAUUCUAUCUUCUAUCAGGCAUGUGGUUUUCUUCCUCCUCUUUUGUACCGCGACAACCUUUCCUCGCCGGUCACUUUACUCUCUGGGUGGGUGCCGCUGCUUUUCUUGCCGUUGGGCGAAGGUGUUUCAACCACGUACCUAUUUGUUCCAUUACUGCUCCACAGAUGGGACAUGGUUGAUGGAGAUCGCACUGCCCAUUUCCAACAAGAAUUGAAAGCACAGCUUGCCGACCUAAUCUUUUUCUGAGGAAGGAUUUAGUGCACGUUCCUUGUCUCGGAUCAGUCCAAUUGCCAGGUUGAACUAUCAUCUCUCUCUCUCUCUCUCUCUCUCUCUCUCUCUCUCUCUCACUCAUACACACACCCCACCCCCCCUAUAAAAGCAGAAGCAAGGCAAAGCACUGCCUCUCUCUCCCUCUCCUUCUAAAUUCGUCUCCCUGCAUAAGUCCUCGUAUACUCGGUUCAACUACAUCAAGUAAUGGGACUUCUCCACCCUAUCGACAGUCAGAGACCAUUCCAUCUUCUCCUCUUGGUGCUCAUCCUCUUGAGUUCAUCUCAUGUCAAGCUUUUGGUCGAAGGUAGAUCGGUGUUCAGGCUUCUCGAGUAUGCAGAUGGGAGAGGAGAGGAGAAGCUGAUGGUGAGAGCUUUGAUUGGAUCGAGACCGCCAAUCUGUGAGAGGAGGUGCAUGACCUGCGGCCAGUGUGAAGCAGUCCAAGUGCCAGUAAUCCCACAAGAGAGGAAUCCAACUCGGCGAUUCUGGGGUAUAGCCACUUUGAGGGGCGAUUACAGCUCCAACUACAAGCCCCUCAGCUGGAAAUGCAAAUGUGGGAACAGGAUAUUUAAUCCAUGACCCAUUGAACCCAGUCAACGCCAGAUUGAAUUGUGGAUAAUACUCCUCUUCUGUUUCUUCUUUAUGGAUCUCCUUCUUGCCAUUUGUUUAUCCUCCAGGCUUUGCUCAAUCAACCUUUCUAAGUUUUGGCUAUCGGACAUCAUCAUGUACUUACUACAUUUGACAUAAAAUACUUCCAUGUUUGGCCUCUGGU